UCGUUGUUGUCGUUGUUGUCGUUGUUGUCCUUGUGGUGGUGGUGGUGGUAGUGGUCGUGAUGGUUGUUGUUGUUGUUGUUGUCGUUGUCGUUGUCAUUGUUGUUAUUGUUGUUGUGGUUGUUGUUGUUGUUGUGGUUGUUGUUGUGGUUGUGGUAGUUGUUGUGGUUGUUGUGGUGGUUGUGCUGGUGGUGGUGGUGGUGGUGGUUGUUGUGGUUGUUGUUGUGGUUGUGGUUGUGGUCCUUGUUGUUGUUGUGCUGGUGGUGGUUGUUGAGGUGGUGGUGGUUGUUGUUGAGGUGGUGGUGGUUGUUGUUGUUGUUGUUGUUGUGGUGGUGGUGGUGGUGGUUGUGGAGGGGAUGGUUUUUGUUGUUGACGUUGUGGUUGUUGUUGUUGUUGUGGUGGUGGUGGUUGUGGUUGUUGUGGUUGUUGUUGUUGUUGUCGUUGUUGUUGUGGUGGUAAUUGUGGUGGUUGUUGUGGUGGUGGUGGUUGUUGUUGUGGUUGUUGUUGUGGUUGUUGUUGUUGUUGUCGUGGUGGUGGUCGUUGUUGUCGUGGUCGUGGUUGUUGUGGUGGUGGUUGUGUUUGUGGUUGUUGUGCUGGUGGUUGUGUUUGUGGUUGUGGUGGUAAUGGUUGUUCUUGUGGUUGUGGUUGUGGUUGUGGUUGUGGUGGUGGUAGAUGUUCUUGUGGUGGAGGUGGUUGUUCUGGUAGUGGUGGUGGUUGUUGUGGUGGUCGUGGUGGUUGUUGUGGUUGUGGUGGUGAUGGUUGUUGUUGUUGUUGUUGUGGUGGUGGUUAUUGUGGUGGCGAUUGUUGUUGUUGUUGUUGUUGUUGUUGUUGUUGUUGUUGUUGUUGUUGUUGUUGUUGUUGUUGUUGUGGUGGUGGUGGUGGUGGUGGUGCUUAUUAUGCGGGUGGUGGCUGUGGUGGUGGUGGUUGUUGUGGUAGUGGUUGUUGUUGUGGUGGUUAUUGUUAUGGUGGUUGUUAUGGUUGUUGUGGUUGUGGUUGUUGUGGUUGUUGUUGUUGUUGUUGUUGUUGUUGUUGUUGUUGUUGUUGUUGUUGUUGGUGUUGCUGUUGUGGUUGUUGUUGGUGUUGUGGUUGUUGUUGUAGUGGUUGUUGUUGUGGUUGUGGUUGUGGUUGUUGUUGUUGUUGUUGUUGUUGUUGUUGUUGUUGUUCUUGUUGUUGUUGUUGUCGUUGUUGUUGUGGUUGUUGUUGUGGUAGUUGUGGUGCUGGUGGUGAUGGUUGUUGUUGUGGUUGUGGUUGUGGUGGUGGUUGUGGUUGUGGUGGUUGUUGUGGUUGUGGUUGUUGUUAUGGUGGUUGUUAUGGUUGUGGUUGUUGUGGUUGUGGUUGUUGUGGUUGUUGUGGUUGUGGUUGUUGUGGUUGUGGUUGUGGUUGUGGUUGUUGUUGUUGUUGUUGUUGUUGUUGUUGUUGUUCUUGUUGUUCUUGUUGUUGUUGUUGUGGUUGUUGUUGUGGUUGUGGUUGUUGUUGUUGUUAUUGUUGUUGUUGUGGUUGUUGUUGUGGUAACUGUGGUGCUGGUGGUGAUGGUUGUUGUUGUGGUUGUGGUUGUGGUGGUUGUUGUGGUUGUCGUGGUGGUUGUUGUUGUUGUUGUGGUGGUGGUGGUYGUGGCCUCGUUGUUGUUGUCGUGGUGGUCGUGGUGGUGGUGGUCGUGGUGCUGGUGGUGGUCGUGGUCCUUGGUGGUGGUUGUUGUUGUGGUGGUUGUGGUUGUUGUCGUUGUUGUUGUUGCUGUUGUGGUUGUGGUUGUGGUUGUGGUGGUUCUGGUCGUUGUGGUGGUGGUUGUGGUGGUGGUUGUGGUUUUGGUUGUUGUGGUUGUGGUUGUUGUGGUUGCUGUGGUUGUGGUUGUGGUGGUUGUGGUGGUUGUGGUUGUUGUGGUGGUUGUGGUUGUCGUUGUUGUUGUGGUUGUGGUUGUGGUUGUGGUUGUUGUGGUGGUUGUUGUGGUUGUGGUUGUGGUGGUUGUGGUUGUUGUGGUGGUUGUGGUGGUGGUUGUGGUUGUGGUGGUUGUGGUUGUGGUUGUGGUGGUUGGUGUUGUUGUUGUUGUUGUUGUUGUUGUUCUGGUGGUGGUUGGUGUGGUUGUUGUUGUUGGUGGUGGUGGUGUGCUUGUUGUUGUUGUUGUUGUUGUUGUUGUUGUUGGUGGUGGUGGUGGUGGUGGUGGUGUGGUUCUUGGUGUAAUCGUUGAUGUUGUAGUGGUUGUUGUUGGUGUUGUUGUGGUUGGUGUGGUUGUUGUUGUUGUUGUUGGUGGUGGUGCGGUUGGUGUGGUUGUUGUUGUUGGUGGUGGUAAUGUGGUUGUUGUUGUUGUGCUUGUUGUUGUUGUUGUUGUUGUUGUUGUUGUUGUUGUUGUGGUUGUGGUGGUGGUUGUUAUGCGGGUGGUGGUUGUGGUGGUGGUGGUGGUUGUGGUGGUGGUUGUUGUGGUGGUGGUUGUUGUUAUGGUGGUUGUUAUGGUUGUUGUGGUUGUGGUUGUGGUUGUUGUGCUUGUUGUUGUUGUUGUUGUUGUUGUUGUUGUUGUUGUUGUUGUUGUUGUGGUUGUGGUUGUGGUUGUGGUUGCUUUUGUGGUUGUUUUUUCUGGUUGUUUUUAUGGUUGUGGUGGUUGUGGUUGUGGUUGUGGUGGUGGUGGUUGUUGUUGUGGUGGUGGUGGUGGUGCUUAUUGUGCUGUGGUUGUUGUUGUUGUUGCUGUUGUGGUUGUUGUUGCUGAUGUGGUUGUUGUGGUUGUUGUUGCUGUUGUGGUUGUUGCUGCUGUUGUGGUUGUGGUUGUGGUUCUGGUUGUGGUGGUUGUGGUGGUUGUGGUGGUGGUUGUGGUGGUGGUUGUGGUUGUUGUGGUUGUGGUUGUGGUUGUUGUUGUUGUGGUGGUUGUGGUUGUUGUGGUGGUUGUGGUUGUCGUUGUGGUUGUCGUUGUGGUUGUGGUUGUGGUUGUGGUUGUGGAUGUGGUUGUUGUGGUUGUGGUUGUGGUUGUGGUUGCUUUUGUGGUGGUUGUGGUGGUCGUGGUGGUUGUGGUGGUGGUUGUUGUGGUGGUGGUUGUUAUUAUGGUGGUUGUUAUGGUUGUUGCGGUUGUUGUUGCUGUUGUGGUUAUUGUUGCUGUUGUGGUUGUGGUUGUGGUUCUGGUUGUGGUGGUUGUGGUGGUGGUUGUGGUGGUGGUUGUGGUGGUGGUUGUGGUUGUUGUGGUUGUGGUUGUGGUUGUUGUUGUUGUGGUGGUGUUGGUUGUUGUUGUGGUUGUGGUUGUUGUUCUUGUGGUUGUUAUUGCUGUUGUUGUUGUGGUUGCUGUUCUGGUAGUUGUGGUGAUGGUGGUGAUGGUUGUUGUUGUGGUUGUGGUUGUGGUGGUGGUUGUGGUUGUGGUUGUGGUGGUUGUUGUGGUUGUCGUGGUUGUCGUGGUUGUUGUUGUUGUUGUGGUGGUAGUGGUUGUUGUGGUGGUUGUUGUGGUUGUGGUGGUUGUGGUUGUUUUGGUGGUUGUGGUUGUUGUGGUGGUUGUGAAGGUGGUUGUGGUGGUUGUGGUUGUGGUUGUGGGGGUUGUUGUUGUUGUUGUUGUUGUUGUGGUGGUGGUGGUGGUUGGUGUGGUUGUUGUUGUUGUUGGUGGUGGUGUGUUUGUUGUUGUGGUCGUUGUCGUUGUUGUUGUUGUUGUUGUUGUUGUUGUUGUUGUUGUUGUUGGUGGUGGUGGUGGUGGUGGUGGUGGUGUGGUUGUUGGUGUGGUUGUUGGUGUGGUCGUUGAUGUUGUAGUGGUUGUUGUUGGUGUUGUUGUGGUUGGUGUGGUUGUUGUUGUUGUUGGUGGUGGUGGUGUGGUUGGUGUGGUUGUUGUUGUUGUUGUUGGUAAUGUGGUUGUUCUUGUUGUGAUUGGUGGUGUGGUUGGUGGUGUUGGUGUGGUUGUUCUUGUUGUUGGUGUGGUGCUUGUCGUGGUUGUGGUUGUUGUGGUUGUGGUGGUUGUGGUUGUUGUGGUGGUGCUUGUGGUUGUUGUGGUGGUGGUUGUCGUUGUUGUUGUUGUUGUGGUGGUGGUGGUGGUUGUUGUGGUGGUUGUUGUGGUGGUUGUUGUGGUGGUUGUUGUUGUGGUGGUUGUGGUGGUCGUGGUGGUUGUGGUGGCUGUUGUGGUUGUGGUUGUCGUGGUUGUGGUCGUUGUGGUGGUGGUUGUUGUAGUGGUGGUUGUUGUUGUUGUUGUUGUUGUUGUGGGGGUGGUGGUGGUGGUUGUGGUUGUUGUGGUGUUGGUUGUGGUUGUGGUUGUUGUGGUUGUGGUUGUGGUUGUUGUUGUUGUUGUUGUUGUUGUUGUGGUGGUGGUGGUGGUGGUGGUUCUGGUGGUGGUUAUGGUUGGGGUGGUUGUGGUGGUUGUUGUCAUGGUGGUGGUUUCGGUGGUGGUUGUCAUUGUGGUGGUUGUGGUUGUUGUGGUGGUUGUUGUGGUGGUUGUGGUGGUUGUGGUGCUGGUUGUGAUUGUGGUGGUUGUGGUUGUUCUGGUUGUUGUGGUGGUUGUGGUUGUUGUGGUUGUUGUGGUGGUUGUGGUUGUUGUUGUGGUGGUUGUGGUUGUGGGUGUGGUUGUAGUUGUUGUUGUGGUGGUUGUGGAGGUUGUGGUUGUGGUUGUUGUGGUUGUGGUUGUGGUUGUCAUUGUUGUGGUGGCUGUAGUGGUUGUGGUUGUGGUGGUUGUGGUUGUUGUGGUGGUUGUGGUUGUGGUSGUUGCUGUUGUGGUUGUGGUUGUGGUUGUGGUUGUUUUUGUGGUUGUUUUUGUGGUUGAUUUGUGGUUGUGGUGGUGUGGUGGCGGUUAUUGUUGUUGUUGUGGUGGUGGUGGUGGUUAUUAUGCGGGUGGUGGUUAUGGUGGUGGUGGUGGUGGUGGUGGUGGUGGUGGUUGUUGUUGUGCUGUGGUUGUUGUUGUUGUUGUUGUUGUUGUUGCUGUUGUGGUUGUUGUUGCUGAUGUGGUUGUUGUGGUUCUUGUUGCUGUUGUGGUUGAUGUUGCUGUUGUGGUUGUGGUUGUGGUUGUGGUUCUGGUUGUGGUGGUUGUGGUGGUGGUUGUGGUGGUGGUUGUGGUGGUG